ACAAGUGUUCUCUGUAAAGUCUUCCCAACCAGAAAUCGUUCCCUCGUUAUUUAUAACAACUUAGAUAUUUAAAUGGCGGAUUUCUCCGAGGUGAAGGUGAACUUUACCCUGAAGGAGCUCAGUUUCUCCGGUCAGAGUGAGGGCUCGGUUCCGGGCAGCUCGCGCUCCUUGGAGCUGCGGGACAAGAAGAGGCUCGUGUGUGUCGAGUAUCCGGCGGUGGUGAGCAGCGUGGACAAGAUGCUGGAGACUCUGGGAGGAGAACAGACGAUAAGCAAAAGCUUCAGCGACCCAAACAGGCGUCUCGAGCUGCGUUUCCGACCCCAGGACCCGUUCUGUCACUACGUGUGUGGAAACCGUCUCUCGUCCAGCAACCUCCUCCUCAAAGUGCGCCGACGGGUGCGAAAGAAAGACCCCAACGACGCCGAGAUCCAAAUGGAUGUGGUUGGAAUCGUAGGAACAACGUACAAAUUCCAGGGAAUGACAGAUUUCCAGUACCUUGCUGUGCAUUCACAGGAUGGAAAGUCCACGUCUCUGUAUGACAAAAUCGUCCUCCGUAAACCUGAGAACGAAGAGUUCUUCAACCAGGACGUGCCUUACUUCCUGCCACCGGCCAUCUUCUCGCGUCUCGACUGUCCGGUGGAUUAUUUCUACCGAGCCGACUCCCAGGCAAACUCAACAUCCAGGCAGGUAUCUGUCAGCAAGAACUUCAUUGGCUUGAAUCGAGCUCGGCGGCCGCACAACGCCAUAUUUGUCAGCUUUACUGACCCGCUCGUGCCGACCGAGUGCCUGGAGGCAGCCAAGGUGAAGUGGACUCGAUUCUGCCUGAAGGAGAGCGACAAGCAGAACGAGGAGAAGAUGAAAACGAUGUUUGAGAGCCGGCCCAUCUGGUCGCGGAACGCGCUCAAGGCCAACCUCAACAUCCACCCUGAGAAGCUGAAGCUGCUGCUGCCCGUCUACGCCUACUACAUGGUGACGGGACCCUGGAGGAGUUUGUGGGUCCGGCUGGGCUACGACCCCCGAAAGAGCACAGAGUCCAAGAAGUAUCAACUUCUAGAUUUCAGGGUUCGCUGUAGCUCCAAGCACGGUUAUUUACUUCCAGACAUACCGGUGAAAACCAAAAGGAGCACCCUCAGCUAUAAUCUGCCCAUUACAAUGAACAAAGCAGGUCCACAGGCAGCUUCCAUGAUGGAUAUCCCCUCGCAAGAUGGACCGAGCACCAGCCGGGAUUCAGCUCCUGUCUCAUACCAGCUGAAGGAGUCCAACUACAUUUUCAGAGAAGGGCUGCUGCCGCCUCACAGACAGAUGUUCUACCAGCUUUGUGAUCUGGAAGUGGACAGCGUCAAAGAGUUGAUCGAGCUGAACAGCGGGAAGGAGCAGGGCUGUGACGAGCGUGACGGCUGGUGUGUCGUCGGCACCACGGACAAGCUGAGGGACAUCAUCUCAACCAUGAUCAAGAAGGUUGUGAGAGCCAAGAAGCCAGCCUUUGUUCGAGCCUCAAAAAAAAGAAGACGAAUAGGUCUAAUUUCGAGCUACCCAGAGAGAGACGAGGAGGAAGAGGAGGAGCUUGAGCACAAAGGUGAUGAUGAUGAUGAAGAGGAGGAGGAAGAUGAAUUUCAACCGUCUGAGGGAAGCGAAAACGAGAUGGAGACUGAAAUCCUGGACUAUAUGUGACAGAACAACUGCUCGUUUUGACUGUAAAUACGUCGUCUUGUGUGCUUUUGUAAAAUUUGAUUCAUUUAGUUAAAACUUAAAUAAAGAAACGUUAGUAAAUCUUGUGUAAGAACUUUUAGAUCUAUAUACGUCCU